AUGGAGAGAAACCUCAUAUUAUUGGUCAUUGUAUCUAUAUUGAUUAAAUUAUCCUUUUUUCUGUUUACUGAACAUGAUCUUGAUGAAUAUACUAAUGGUUUCUUUAACACUUUAGGUCAGAACUUUGCUGAGGUUUUGGAAUUCUGUUCAUUCAAAGAAUAUGGAAAUCUUACUUAUUAUGCAUCAAAGAGAACCAAUUUUCCAGUAAUAUUACUCGAGCUAAUUUCAGGUAUAUGCAGUUCAAUUAACUCAAGAUUUGGAUUAAUUUUACCAUUUAUAAUUAUUAAUUUUAUUCACUUCUUACAGGGAAUCUUGAUUUAUUCCUAUUUAAUUAAAUGUUACCCAAUAUUAUCAGCACUGUCAAAAACUAUGAUUGAAAAAAAAUAUUAUCAAAUGUCUGUUAAUUUUCUUCUUGGAUUAUUUUGGAUUAACCCAAUCUCAAUUUAUUAUGGUUCAUUACUUUCUUUUGGGAUUGAACUGGAAUUACUUUUUCAACUUUUGUUAUUAUGGAUUUCAGUUGAUUCCACCCGAAAAUAUAGAGCCUUAUUACCAAUCAUAUGUGGAUUAAAUGUAUAUUAUUCCCCAAAUAUAUCCAUCUCUUUAAUUCCUUCAGCUUUAAGUUUAUUUCUACUUGGUAAUAAUCAUUAUUUAAAACUUCAAGUUUCUCCUAAACAGUUUGAUAAUUAUAAAAUGUACUUUACCAAAUUUUGGGAUAACUUUCAAUCAGACUACUUAACUUCCAAACAAAUAUUUAAAACAAUCUCAUUCUUUACCUCAUUUCUCAUCACAUUUUUAUCUUUACAUAUUUUUUCACUAAUUCUAAUUAAUAAUCGCAAUGAUAAUAAUCACAUUUUUACAUUCAAGCAGUAUAUAUAUACUUAUAUUAUUCAAAAUUUUACAUUAUUGGAAAAUAAAGAUCUUAAUCCAUAUUUAAAUGUAUACUGGUUCCUUAUGUACUGCAUUGCCCCUGAGUUUAGGCUAUUUUUCCAGAUUAUUUUGGGAUCAUGUUUAAUUAUAUAUGCAUUUAUUAUAAAUAUAUCAUUGGGAAAAGUCCCAUUUAAGGCAUUACAGUCACAAUUAUUACUUUGCUUUAUAUUUAAAUCAAAUCCAACCUUUUUAAAUUACCUACUGAUAUUUUUCUUUAUUCUUUUUGACUCAGUUACUUUAUUUGAAUCAAAAUCUGGAUUUAUUGCUUCUUUUUCAUUCAUUUUUUGGAUAAUAUGCAUUCCAUUGGCCUUUUUAAUCAGACCAAUCUGGAUUCUUGAAAAUUCUCUCGAUUCAAAUCUUUACUAUUCUUUAACUUUAAUUGGUAAUUUUUCUAUCAUUAUUUUCAUUUGUGAAUGGAUUAAGUCACUUUUCAAUACUCUAGUUAAAUACAACCAAAAUCUGGACAAUAUUAAACAAGAGUAA